GCCUCUAUAUACCGAAAAUGGAUUUGAUAGGGUUCAAAUUCUAGAAAAUUGCUGGGUUUUUUUCGGAGAGCAGGCAGAAAAUUUUGGAAAGAUUGAUCAGUCCUACGAUCUAUUUUACACUAGAUUGAACUCGGGAGUAUAUUUGCACAGAAAAAGCAUCAAUGGCAACUCAGACUGGUAUCUUGAAUCGAGAUCAGAAUUUGAAGUUUCACUUUGAUGGGAAAGAAGCCAAUGUCUACAAGGUGCAGAAGAAACAAGGCAUUGCUGGAAGAAAAGCUCUUGGUGAUUUGACAAACUCAGGGAAGCCUUCUCCAAUUAAGGCAUCAAAGAGGCAUGACUCAAAGAUUUUCACUUCUGUUGGGGAAGAGAUUGAUGCUUUUAGGUCCAAAGACACUAUUCGUGGCAAGAAAAGUAUCUCCAAGGCUCAGGAGAAAGUGCAGACUAGUGGAAGGAGGAAACCCCUUUCCGAUGUUUCGAACACAAAGAAUCAGAAAAAUGUAAAGCUGACUUCUGUAAUGAAGGAAUAUUUUCUUCCCAAUUCCAUUGCUGAGGAACAGUUUCUGCACGAUCAUGAGGAGUGCAUCAAAGCACAGAAUAUGAACAUGAUGAGCAAGGAUUAUUUUCUCGAGACUAUUGGACUACACAAAGAUUUUUCCAUGCAAUUACCAUCUUGUCAUGUGCCUCCAGUAUCAUCAAGAAAGCCAAAGGUUCAGCCUGGAAGUCCAAGAAAGCUUGAAUUGGAAGAAAUAGCUGAGCUGAUGAUUGAAGAUAAGUCUCCUCUAUGUUUGAAAAGGGUUCCCAGUGAAUAUCAAUCAUCUUCUUCCCCUCCCAAGACUCCCAAGUCACCAAAUCUGAAUGUGGCUCCCGACUACUUUCUUGGUUUGUUGCAGAUGGAUCCCAAUUUUACAAUGAUUAAGACACCAGUUUUGCCAAAACAUUGAUUAGUUUACAGUUGCCUCUUUCAUCAUGAUGUGAUGACUGUUAGAAAAAUAGGUCUUGAAAAGUGGGACUAUGCUAGAAUAGACCAAGCCAUUUGUUCAACAUUAGAAAGAGAGAGUACAGAGUGAUGAGAAGUUCUAUAAUCAAACAUUAUUAAUUCAUUUCAAUGUAGUCAAACUUUUCAGUGUUAACAGAACUUCUUGGGUUCUCUCUUCUAGAACAGUUGUGUGAAAUACAUCUAUCUUGGUGUUCCUUUUUUAUUUUUAUGAAAAGGUGGUUCAGGCUAUUGCAAAUGUGGUUUUCAGGACAUUGGCGACCUUCCUAGUGCGUUUUCCGGAACCGUUUUCUCAAAUUUGCUCGAUUGUUUGGAGUU